AUGUGCUCGAGAUUGCGGUCUCAACAGCGCCUGCCUCGACAUCACCAGACGUCGUCCGUUUCUGAUCGCGUUGAAACCUUGAGUAAGGCAGAGGCAGCAGUGACAGCACAGUCUGCGUUCCGGAUGAGAGCAUGCUGGCAUCUGCGCCGUAUCUGUGUCGUCAAGACCUCGAUCGCCGUUUUCGACUGCGUGGCUGCUGUCACUUCAUCAUCCUUGCUCAGGGUGGGGUUGCCAGCUGAUGUGGGAGCCACGAUGCGAGGAGGUCGAGUGGAAAGCAGUCCAUGGGACAGAGCCUUCGAAGCAAUCAACAACACCCUCGAUCGUCUCAAGCUCUUCAAACGCGGCUCCCUUUCGGCACAAGAACGCAUCGCCGAACACCUGCGACCCAAAGACCUUCUCCAACGUCUAAAAGAUUUCUGGAGGAAGGUCACUUUUCGUCGUCUCAAAGUGACGGCUGCUCAGGCGGAAGGGGUCAAGAAGAAGUAUCGUCCGGUACCGAACGAAGGGACACUCAAAAUUCUGCUCUGCUAG